GAAAAUAAUCAUACUGUAUAUGACAUCAUUGAACAGCAUAAUCAUCUGUAUGGGCGUGAACCGGAAUCAGUUGCAAGCUUCACCCUUAGAUACCGGUUUGUUUGUUGUUCAACAAUGCAGCAACGAGAAGAGAAGCAGUUAGAAGCCUCAGUGGAGUCGCUUACCUCGCGUGUGUCUCUCGUCCAAAACGCUCUCCAAAGUUUCAUUAACAAAUUGGAAAACGAAUACGAGCGUUUAGCAUGGCCCUCUGUUUUGGACAACUUCGCACUUCUGUCUGGUCAGCUUAAUAGCAUCAAUAAACUUCUGAAGAAUGAGAAGACACCAUCGUUUCGCAGUCAGGUUAUAAUACCUCUGCUUCUGUCUCCUGAUAGAGAUGAGGACUUGGCUAAACUUACAGAAAUGCGUGUCCCAGUGUUCAGCCAUGAAAUUGUGCCGGACUACUUGAGGACAAAACCUGAUCCAGAGGUAGAAGAACAAGAAAAGCAGCUGAGCGCAGAGGCAGCACGUAUCGGUCCUGAGGUGGCUCAGAAACAGAUCCAGGCAUUGAACAAGAUGUGUUCUAGUCUGCUGGAGAAACUGAACAACCCACGUGAAGAAAGAGAUUCAGACAGUACUGCACGGCAGAACAAACAAUCUUUCAACCCCGCUGACACCAAUUUAUUAGUUUCAGCCAUAGCCUUUGGAAAAGGUCUCUCAAAAUGUAGGCCUCCCUGUCCAGUACCUCCAGGACACUCGGGACAAGGACCCAUGAUGAGUGGGGGUCCAACUUUACAACAGGUCACCAUUGGAGGAAAAAUGCCAAGCAGCAUCAAGACAAACAUCAAGUCUGCAUCAGCUUCAAUGCAUCCUUAUAACCGAUGAGCAUCCUGGAAAAGAAAAAUUGAUUAUUGUUUCAACAGUGCAAAAACAUUUAGAAUACAGGUUGUUCAAGAAGCUUUUUCUUAGUGCUGAUUGAACCAGUCUCUUUAGAUCAUGAUCUGUAUAGAGCUUCAGAUGUGGAUUUAUGUUAUUUUUGGUUGUCUUGUAUCUGUUUUUGGUUCACAUAUGAAACUCUGCAAUUGAGUCACUGGGUGGCAGUAUGGUAUCAAUUAAAUGAUUGCAGAGGGGCUAAAUCUGUACACAUGACGUUGUCUAAUAAAAAAAAUAGCUAAAGAAAUUGUUUGGUUUCAUGAAAUUUCACAUAAAAUUUUGAUGAAUUAAUCUAUAGUCCUUUUGCAAUUUAAGGACUGUUUAUGUGCAUUCCAAAACAAAUAACCAUCUGAAGAUGUAAGCUGUACACAAUAAUUUAAUCUGGCCUAUAUUUCUUUUACUUUCAUCAUCUGUUGUCAUAUUUUUUUUUGCAAGUUCCAAAGGUGAAAAUAAUAAGGGUGGACAUUGCGGAGUGUGGCCUGAUAAUGUCAAAGUGUUUAAAGGGAAAAAUGAGGGAAUAUUGCUGCUGACGUGUGAGGGGGGCCUCUCUCUGUGCCAACUCUCUGUCCACUCUAAUCCCUGUCCUACCGCACAGCACACUGACCGUGAUACCCAUGGCUGACCUACAUACACCCCCUUACCCCAAACAGGCAGACGUCUUGCUGUGUCAGCCAGUGUGUCCAGAUCACAUCCACUGCUGAGACAGCUCAAAGCUGCGCAAGGUCACACACGUGUGUUCCCUGAUGAGAGGUAACAGGGAAUAUAUGAUAUUUGAUUACAAUAAUUUAAACUCUGGCAAUCCACCGGAGUUAAAUUUGUUUUUAUUGCUGUGGCUAUAAACAACGGUGUCCAAGCAGAUUUACAUGGAACAUGUUACCCUCAAGUAGCCUUAAAGAUUUUAUGCUUUUUAUGUGAUACACAAGAGCGCCUGGGAUGUAUUAUUUUUACUACUAUUUUUACUAACUUAUUUUCUCCUACUUUGUAAGAUUUUCUCCCAUUAAAGUGAUUUAUUAUACUUGUUUAGACAGCAUAGAAUUGAAAUAGUUAAUCUGUAACAAACACUAUUUCAAUUUUUUAUUUCUGUAAAUGCUCCAAAAAGAUGUUUUACUUUGUUAUC